UCAUAUGAUAUACAAAGGAAGCAGCAGUUGCAUCAAAUUCCCCUCUACUUCUCUCUGACAAAUGGAUCCUCACAGCAAUGAAGUAGCCCAUGACUUCCCUCCCUUCUUCCGUGUCUACAAAGAUGGCAGAGUCGACAGGCUCCUCGGCACCGAAACUUUACCGCCCACCACCGAUCCCCUCACCGGCGUCCACUCCAAAGACAUCACAAUCUCCCCCGAAACCGGCUUGUCCGCUCGCCUCUACCUCCCCAACACCACCUCCGCCCGCAAGCUUCCCCUCCUCAUUUACAUCCAUGGCGGCGCCUUUUGCGUCGAAACCCCCUUCUCUCCUCUUUACCACAACUACGUCAGCUCCGUCGCCGCCGAAGCGAACGUCGUGGCCGUGUCCAUCCACUACAGAAGAGCUCCCGAGCACCCUCUUCCCAUUGCGUACGACGACACAUUAACCGCCAUCCAAUGGGCUGCCGCGCACAGCAAGGGCGACGGGCCCGAGGCUUGGCUUAAUAAUCACGCGGAUUUCGAACGAGUCUUCUUGGCUGGAGAUAGCGCCGGAGCCAACAUCGCGCACAGCAUGGCGCGGCGCGCCGGCGUCGACGAGCGGCUGCUGGGGUUCAAGAUCUUAGGGAUGGUGAUCGUCCACCCUUUUUUUGGGAACGGUGAGCCCGGCAAAUUGAUGAAGUAUAUUUACCCGACAAUGAGCGGGCCGGAUGACCCGAGUUUCUACCCGGCGCCAGAUCCGAAAUUGCGGAGCCUGGGGUGCUCCAGGGUGCUGGUUGUGGUCGCUGAGAAAGAUGCGUUGAGGGAUAGGGGAUGGAAUUAUUACGAGUCACUGCGGAAGAGUGGGUGGGGUGGGGUGGUAGACAUAGUGGAGACGAAAGGAGAGGACCAUGUGUUUCAUCUGUUUAACCCAAAGUGUGAGAAGGCUCUGACCCUCUUGAAACAGGUGGCUGCUUUCUUUAAUCAAGAUUAGCCUGAUGAUUAUCACCUGCUGUCUUAUGAGCGUUUUUUUUUUUUUUUUUUUUUUUUAAGCAUGAUUUAAAUAAAUGUUUUGGUGAUGUUAGUGGAUGAUUAUGUUCUUAUAAUCAUCAUAUUUAGUUACUUUUUUGGGCUUUGUAAUACAUCCUA